GAUCUGGGCUCAGACAGGAAACAGAAUGAGGUCUUUGGCGUUACUCGUUUUGGCUUUUACCUCCGUGCUGGCCACAAGACAGAGAAGUCAGUUCACACGUUACAGAUCGUGGAACUCUCGGAUGUAUCCAGUUUGGCAGGACGGAGACCCGAGGUUCAGAAACUGUUGGUUUGGUGGUGAGGUGACCUUUGACCUCAAGAACGACGCGCCCACUCUGACAGGAGCGAGAUCAACUUUUACCAUCAAUCUUAAUUUCCCACCAAACCAGACGGCGCUGCCUGAUGGCCAGGUGGUGUGGGCGCAAAACUGCACCAUCAACGGGCGUCAGUACCAACAGGGUCAGGCUGUGUAUUCGGACCAGACCUCUGAGUGGACCGGAGUUUUCCCUGAUGGCACACCUUUUUCGGUGACCCAGAACAGGAAACCUCGCUACGUGUUUGUGUGGAAAACAUGGGGGCGUUUCUGGCAGGUUGCAGAUGGACCUUCCUCCUCCCUCUCCAUUGCGACAGAUAACGUCCCACUGGGCUCCUACAACAUGGAGGUGGUCAUCUAUCACUGCCGAGGGCGGGACAAGUUCAUCCCACUCGGCUACGCCUCCACGGUCUUCACCAUCACAGAUCAAGUUCCAUUCAGUAUAUCGCUGUCUCAAGUCAACGAUGUAAACCAGAACGAUCAGAACUUCAUCCAGAACCAAGCAAUCGCCUUCGCCGUCGCCCUCCACGACCCCAGCCAGUACCUGAACAGCGCCGACAUCAGCUUCAGCUGGGACUUCGGUGACAACAGCGGAACGCUCAUCUCCAGAGAGCGCACCGUCACGCACACCUACCUUUCAGUGGGAACCUUCAAACCUCAGGUGGUCCUGAUGGCGAGCAUUCCCAACUCCUGCCAGAACCCCACGGCUGUUGUGCCCGUUGAUGCCUCAGCAGCYCCAGCUGUGGUCAUCAUGGCGUCCACCCCUGCAGCUGCAUCGUYCGAGGGAGAGGGUGCGAUUGCCCUGGACGUCCCUGCCUCUGAUGCCASUCCCGUCGCCGCCUCGGUGCAGCCUCCUGAGGAGGAACCCGUUGCGGACGCAGACUCAGAGGCCGCGGAGGUUGCUUCAGUGGCUCCUGCAGGAGUGGAUGCAGCGGUUGUCCCAGCAGAGCAAGAUCCUGCCGACACAGCUGGAGAGGCAGAUGCUGCUGAAGAGGAGGCCGACGCCGCAGCAGCUGAAGACGUGACAGCUGCAGAAAACGAGCCUGUGGCUGAUGCCGCCGCCUCAGCUGCUCCUGCUGUUGCAGCUGAUGUGCUUGAGGGYGCCACUGUCGCCCCAGAGGCAGAAGUAGCUGCAGAGCAGGAAGCUACCGAUGCCUCUGUAGAACCUGCCGAGGCUACAGCCGUCGCCACAGAGGUGGACCAAGCUGAAACCGAAGCACCGGCUGGUGAUGUCGUCGCACUCGCUGCCACCGAAACCRCAGAGGAGGCUGCUCCAGCUGAUGCUGAGACGGAAAACGUGGUCGCUGCUACUGAAGCCACCACAAGUGAGGAGGAAGCGGCUCCGGCUGAGGAGGAAGUUCAGGCUGAAGUGGAAGCAGAUCCAGCUCAGGUUGCCCUGGUUGUGGCCAAAAGACAAGCGCCGGAGCUCCCAGCCGACUGCAGCCCGAUCUACCGCUACGGCUCCCUYGCUACAACUCUGGAUGUUGUCCAGGGUAUUGAAAGUGUGGAGAUUGUUCAGGUGGCCAACGUUGUGUCAGUGGCGACGGCAUCGGACCAAAAUGCUGUGGAUGUCACCAUCUCCUGUCAGGGAAGUCUGCCAAGUCAGGUGUGCACCAUCAUCUCCGAUGCCAACUGUGUCACACCGGUACAGACCAUCUGCAAYGCUGCCUCGCCCCCUCCAGACUGUCAGAUGGUCCUCCGUCAGUUCUUCAACGACACCGGAGUCUUCUGCCUCAACAUCUCACUGGCUAAUAACAUCAGCCUGGCCAUGGCGAGCGCCAGAGUCAGUGUAGCAGUAGCCUCURGUGGUUCACCAGCUGGUACUGCUGCGACUGUGCUGGGUGGUAUGGUUCUGGCCUGCGUUGUUUGUUGUUUGGGUUUGAUGUACAGGCGGUUUAAGCAGUACCAGCCUCUGAGUGGAGACCACGCUGCCGAUGACGAGGGCAGCUUCUCUGUAACAUCAGUACCUUUGCUGCUGUGGAACCUGCUGAGUCGACAAUCAUCAGGAGAAAGUCGCCCACUUCUUCAGGGAAGGAUUAUUUGAAAAAAAUAAAAUAAAAAAUAAAAUAAUCAUCAUCAGUUUAUGUACUAAAAAUACACUAUAUUGGCCUUAUAUAUACAUGUAUGUAGUGUCAUCACUCUGGGAGCACACCAAGAAACCCUAAACAUGUAAAAAAUGUGAGAACCAAACUGCCACAAAUCAGGAACUGUUACUGUAACACUGGCAAAAAUAAAUUUAUUUUGUCCUGCAUCCUACAUUACAUCUUUAUAAUUAGUAMAAAUAGUUGGUAGCAACCAUAAUGUAUUAUUUUGUGACCUGUUUAUACUAAACUUAUUAACAAUUUCAUUUCUUUAAAGAUGAAGUUUUAGGUGUGUGACCCUGAAAUGAAUAAAUGGACCUUUAUCACCAUCAUA